AUGCAAGUCUGUCUGGCUGACUUGGCCUCGGUUGGACGGCCUCUUGGCAAGCAGCCAAUCGGGCCUCAAUCCGCUCCCUUUCCCUCUUUCCCUCUUCCCCCCUCGCCCCAACCGGAGCUGGUCAAUCUGCGAACGGGCAGCUCGCAUCCCUCGCAGGCCUGCUGCCUGUGGACGGCCGCCUGCCAGGCAGCCGACGUGGCUGUCCUCCUCGCCGAGUCGGCGCUGAACAGGACGACUUGGUCUCUUCCGCUGAAGCAGGCAAGUGGCGACACCAACUGCGCUACCGCCUUUCUUUUUGCACACUUGCACCCCUUUUUAGUGGGUCUCUCUUUCGGCAUCUUUUGCUUUCUUUUUCCUCGCCUGUUGCCAUCGCCGCAAACCGUCACGACCGCGGACAACGAAGAGUCGUCCGGCAAAAGCAGAUGCCAACUGGUGCCACAAUCUGUACCUGAUCGGCCAUUUCACGUCCUCCCUCCGAGACGUGCUGGUGCCAGCCUCGACGCAGUGACAGCGAACAAUCCCAUCGCCACGGCAACAGAGACGGGCCUCGGCCGAUCGGUUUCGGUCGGACACUCUUCACCAGCCGAGCGUGACUUGGCGUCGGCCAAGUUGGCCAAGGCGGACAUUUUGAUACAGUUGGUGGAGGUGAACGCGGAAUACUUGAAGGCGGUGAUGCGAGAGAGCAUGGACAAGACGCAUCUGCAAAAGGUGAGCUCGAGCGUGGAAUGCUUGCUCGACGUGUCUGCCGUGUCCGGUCGGUCGGUCGGUCGGUCGGUCGGUCGGGCGACUCGCCACCGACUCGAACCGAAGAGGCACUUGGCCGAAGUCGCUGCGUUCGCAACGUCUCAACGCCGACCGUCCAACCGGUUCGGUCAGCUUACCACUCGCCUCCCGACAACAAAUGAAAGGCUUGACAACUCCAGCCUCUCAAGACAAUCUCGAAACCCAACCUGCCUGCACACCGGGACUCGUGAGUGUGCUGGUGACUCGUGA